AUGGAGCUCAGCGUCCUUCUCCUCCUUGCUCUCCUCACGGGACUCUUGCUUCUGCUGGCCAGGCGCCACCCAAAGGCCUAUGGCUGCCUGCCGCCAGGCCCCCAUCCUCUGCCUUUCUUGGGGAACCUUCUUCAGAUGGACAGAAGUGGCUUACUCAAAUCCUUCCUCAGGUUCCGAGAGAAAUAUGGGGAUGUCUUCACGGUGUACCUGGGGCCAAGGCCUGUGGUCAUGCUAUGUGGGAUAAAGGCCAUACGGGAGGCCCUGGUGGACCAGGCUGAGACCUUCUCCGGCCGGGGGAAAAUUGCUAUACUAGAGGCAGUCUUCCAGGGAUAUGGUGUGGUCUUUGCCAAUGGGGAACGCUGGAAGACCCUUCGCCGAUUCUCUCUGGCCACCAUGAGGGACUUCGGGAUGGGGAAGUGGAGUAUGGAGGAGCGGAUUCAGGAGGAGGCUCAGUGUCUGGUGGAGGAGCUACGGAAAACCCAGGGAGCCCUCCAGGACCCCACCUUAUUCUUCCACUCCAUGACCACUAACAUCAUCUGUUCCAUUGUCUUUGGAAAACGCUUUGGCUACAGAGACCCCGAAUUCCUGCGGCUGCUGGACCUGUUCUACCAGUCCUUCACGCUCAUCAGCUCCUUCUCCAGCCAGGUGUUUGAGCUUUUCCACAACUUCUUGAAGUACUUCCCUGGUACACACAGGCAAGUCUACAAAAACCUGCAGGAAAUCACCCGCUUCAUUGACCGCGUUGUGGAGAAGCACCGUGAAACCCUGGACCCCAGCUCCCCCCAGGACUUCAUCGACGCCUACCUGAUCCGCAUGGACAAAGAGAAGGCCGACCCCCGCAGCGAGUUCCACCAGCGGAACCUCAUCUACACCGUGCUGUCGCUCAUCUUCGCCGGCACGGAGACCACCAGCACUAAGCUCCGCUAUGGAUUCCUGCUCCUGCUCAAAUACCCCCACAUCACAGAGAGAAUCCACAAAGAGAUUGACCAGGUGAUUGGCCCACACCGCCUUCCAUCCCUUGAUGACCGAGCCAAAAUGCCAUACACUGAUGCAGUCAUCCAUGAGAUUCAGAGAUUCGGGGACCUCCUCCCGAUUGGUGUGCCCCAUAUGGUCACCAAAGACACUAGCUUCAGAGGGUAUAUCAUUCCCAAGGGCACUGAAGUAUUUCCCAUCCUGCACUCGGCUAUCAAUGAUCCACAUUACUUUGAAAAACCAGAAGUCUUCAACCCUGACCGCUUUCUGGAUGCCAAUGGGGCAUUGAAGAAGAAUGAAGCUUUUAUCCCCUUCUCCAUAGGGAAACGCAGUUGUCUUGGUGAAGGCAUCGCCCGCAUGGAAUUAUUCCUCUUCUUCAUCACCAUCCUCCAGAACUUCUCUGUGGCCAGCCCCGUGGCCCCUGAGGACAUUGACCUCACACCCCAGGAGAGUGGUGUGGGCAAAGUGCCCCCAGUGUACCAGAUCAGCUUUCUGGCUCAUGGAGGAUGCUGAGGGAAGGGGGUCAAAGGAUCCCAGGAUCAUGAAGUGUCCCCAUCUCUGCAGAGAACAGCUCCUUGCCUCUCUCUGGGUCUUCCUGUCACUGAGAGACCCACUGCCAGCCAGCAUCCUUCCCCUCCUAGGUGCCACCUCCCUGGCAAAGUCCUCUCUGCCACCUCAUCUCAGUCCAUCAUUCUGCAGCUCUUGUAAAGACUCAUGGAAGUGUUUUCUUUCCUUUGUUAACAGAGUUCUGGAUGUGGUGUAUAUAUAAAAGCUGGGAGCGAAGGGAGGAGACUUGGCUCAGUUCUGCCUCUCAGGCCACAGCUACCCCCAGUGACUCCCCCCUUCCUCAGAACCACCACCACCUCCCUGUAGCAACUGUUUGCGCUCCAUGACCUGUGCAAACACGAUCUCACUUGAAUCCUCCUUCCAGUAUUUCCAUGGGGUGGGUAUAAUGAUCGUGCCCAUUUUACAGAUGAGUAAACAAAGGCCAAGGACUGGCAUCAGUUGUCCCAGGUCAUAUGGCUGGGAGUGGAGGAGCAAGAUUCAUACUCUGUCUCCCUGGCUCUCAAACUCAAAUUCUUCACCCAGCGCCCCCACCCCCCACAAUAUAUUUUAAAAUUAUGGUGAAAUUCAUAUAACAUAAAAUGAAGCAUUUUAAAGUGUAUAAUUUAGUGGCAUUGAGUUCAUUCACAACCAUCACCACUAUCUAGUUCCAAACAUUCUCAUCCCCAAAGAAUAAAACCCCACACCCAUUAGCAGUCUCUCUCCAUCCCCCCUUCCCCUCAGCCCCUGGCAACCAUCAGUCUGCUUCUGGUCUCUAUGGCUUUGCUUAUUCUGUGUAUUUCAUGUAAAUGGAAUCAUACCAUAUGUGCUCUGUUGUGUCUGGCUUCUUUCACUCAGCAUAAUAUUUUUGAGGUUCACCCACAUUGUAGACCAUUGCUGUACACUGCUGUCCUCAUUCUCACUGACUCUCCCUACUGCUUCCCUCUGUGUAAGGGCAUCCUCGGCCCAUGGCCACCUGAGGUGCAUGAUUCUAAACUGAUGCCUUGGAUUCCCUGAUAGUGCCCUUCAAUCCCCCUGACACUCAAAUAAACAUCCAAAGCCUGACAUCCCCUAUCCAUGAUGUGAG